AUGCAAGCCGUGGACGAGCUCCUGACCAUAGUCAUGGUUACGUCGCCGGUGCCUUCCAACCCAUCGACUGCGAUGCUAGAGCACGUGCUGUCCUCCUGCACGACGGCAGGCGGUUUCAACACGUGCCCGACGAUUGUGGUUUCGGACGGCUACAGGGUUGCAUCUGCCGGGCAACGCCCAAAGCCCAAAGCCGGAAGAGUACCACCAGACUGGGAGGAGCCUUAUGAAGAGUUCAGGCACAAACUGGACAACGUGGACUCCACCGUCUCCAGUGCCCUAUCUGGGGUCCAACACAUUCGUGUCUUGGAGCACAAGGGCUUCGCGGGAUGCUUGCACAUCGCUUUGCGGCAGGUUCGGACGCCUUUCGUCUUGGUGCUGCAGCACGAUCGCCCGUGCCUUCGUCCUUUCGACGGUUCAGGCCUGCUCGCGGCAAUGCUGGGAUGCUCCCAGCUGAAGUACGUGGGCCUGCCCACCAAGGCCUGGGGCAACAGUGGGUACGGGAUAUGCACAUCGAUGCACUUAGAUUUCUUGCAAAAGUGCUGUACUGUCCCAAAAAAGCAAAUCUUUUUCUUUACAAAAGUGCUGUAA